CCCCCCCCCCAGCUAUGACGCUUGCAUUUCUUAUGCACACUUGACCCAUUUUUCAUUGUCCGGGUCCUUCAGGUCCUCCUCAACGUCCCCUCCCCCCACGUGAGGGGUUUGACCCUCAAAGGUCAAGUGCUUCCUCCGUUUGCUUGGCCUGAAAAGCCAACACAUUUCUCUGCACCCAAUCAGGAAGCAGUAACAAAAAGUAUGGCUGGGAGGGCCACAUAUGGCGAGGGGGGCCUCCUCCUUAAUCGAGCCCAGCAAUCAUUACACCUCCCCCAAACCACGCUGAACAAGAUGAGGGGCGUGGGGACGCCUCAUUUGAGAGCCCACAACCCAAACAACAAUGGAAGCGCUUGAGCAGUGAUGCAGUUUGACUGUCCUUUUACAACACUUCCACAUUUGGCCCCGCAAGAAUUCCAAUCCCCCAAAAUUUAAUCAAAAUACAUUUGAAAGAAUACGCGAAAGAAAGGUGCAUUCUUUUUUUACAAUUUUUUACAAUUUAAAAAAUGUCUAUAAUGCAAUACUUUAAAAAAAAAAGGCUAUAAUGUACCAAUGAAGCAAAAAACCACAGGCAUUUGAUCAUGUUGAUAGAGAAAAUUACUUUUUAUUUAUUUAUUAUUUUAGUUUUUUUUUUUUUCAUUCAAUGACGCUGGUUUGAUUUGGAUGAUUUCCCAUUGAAAAGCAGUUGAUCGAUUAGCUGAGCUUGGAUUGGCUCUGAAAGCGACAAAGGCGGGAAGACGAAAAAUGACACAAAACCGAGCUCCGAUUGGUCGAGACGACUCGAAAGGCGGGCCUCCGACCAGAAAGCUAUGCUGCGAUUGGCUUACGCCCGCACUAGACCGGUAGAUGUUUCCAAGACGCCGGCCGGUUCGUGUGCGUCUGCUUGCGCUCCACAAGCUCCUCGCUCGCUCUGGUUGCACACCCAAACGGAACCGUGCGUGCAGGCUGGCUGCAUGAAUAGGGUGAAAGUCGGAGGCGACUCUGGGCGGGGGGGCACCAUGGUUCAGGAGCGGCACGCUGGCAAAUCGGCGGCUGCAGCUCACAUCAAGCGGCCCAUGAACGCUUUCAUGGUUUGGUCCAAAAUGGAGCGCAGGAAAGUCAUGCAGCAGUCGCCGGAAGUGCACAACGCCGAAAUCUCCAAGCGGCUCGGGAAGCGAUGGAAGUCUUUGGACAAGUCCGAGAAGAUUCCCUUUAUCCGCGAGGCCGAGCGGCUCCGCCUGCAGCACAUGGCCGACCACCCGGGCUACAAGUACCGACCCAAGAAAAAGAGUAAGACGGGCUCCUCGGGCGCCGGCCAGCAGCCGAACCCGAACCGACGGGCCCGUUUCGUGCUCAAGCGAGACUUCAGCGACUCGGACGACGAAACCGCCGCGGAAGCGGAUGAAGAUUUUCCUCGGCUGCUGUACACGCGCCAGGUCAGCGGAACCCUCUCACCGGACUCUUCGUCCUCAGCCCGGUCCCGCUCCGGCUCCAGUUCCUCGUGCUGCGGGGACGACCUCUUCCCUCUCAGCCCCGCCCCCUCUGAGCCAGCAAACCUGAGCCUAUCUCUGGUGGACAAGGAUUUGGACAAGGACUGGAGCGGAACCGAGCGGGGUCACGGGUCCCACUUUGAGUUCCCAGACCACUGCACGCCCGAACUGAGCCGGAUGAUAACCGGAGAUUUCUCGGACUUUCUCUUCACCUUCUGAGCCAAGAGGGAAGGGGGGGGGGCGGGUGACGUUUUUAACCACCUUUGCCCCUUUUCACUGGGAGUUGACUUUUUAUUUGCUCAGUUGUCUUAAAAAACGAAAACCUAAAACCAGCUUCUUUUUUUUUUUAACGCACUUGUUACAUUUGGAGUGCUGGAAGGUUUUGUGUUGGUCAUGUGACGAAGUUUGAUUUCUGCUCCUGUUUUGCGAAAUAUGGAAGGAAACGCGUGACGGAAUAAUAAAUGUUGUUUUUUUCCCCUUUAA